UAUUAUAUCAACAUCGACCUGGCUCUGCUUUUUAAUUGAUUGAUAAUGGCAUAAACAUAAAUUUAAUACAUGAACCGGAACCUGCGGAGGUGGUUGGAGAUCUGCAAUAGAUGACGUCGCGUGGACCAACCCAGCGACAACAACGCGGCGCCGCCGCCAUUGAAAGAAAAAGCGUGUGUGUUCUAAACAAAAACGUUUCGAGGCCACCGACAAAUUGGAUGAAAGUAUGUCACUAACGACGGCAACUGCAGCAGCAGCAGUGGCCAGAGGUGACUCAGGAGCACAUGGAUGUCUUCUUAGCAGGGACCUGCAGCCGCCGCCGCAGCAGCUUCACAUAAGGGCAAUCGAUGAAUUGCAAGAUGGUGACACCAGCAGCCUGGAGCCGGGCGAGGUGGUAACACCGCCCCACCUCAACCACGACGACGCUGCUAUGAGUCCCGCUCAGAAGAAAGUUCCAGCCAAGGACGCGAAGAGCAAAACAUUGCGCAAGCUGGCACAAAUCGAUACGGACGGUGGCAAGGUGCGUGCUCUACUGGAGCAGCGGGAUGUUGGCAGCCGGCGCAAGGAGAGGACGAGCAGCACGCCGCGGGCACUGGAAAAUGGAACGACUCGUGCGCCCUCCGAGGACCCAGAUGACAGUGAAGGUUUGUACUCGGACACGGACUCCUCGGGCGAGGAGCAGCGCAAUGUGGAGGAUGUGCAGCAGGCGAGGAAGGAGAAGCAAGCGGAGGCAGCGGCCGCAGCCAUGCCCCAGGCUGCCCCACCUGUCGGCCCACCCUUUAUCGGCCACAAUCCGUUGCGGUUUCACAUGCGACCGCCGUUCUGUGAGUUUCCACGCAUGGGAUUCCUGCCGCGAAUGCCGCGAGGCGGACUACGCAUGCGUCCUCCCUUCUUCAAUCGGCCACCCAGCCGCAUGGGAGCGCCCAAUAUGAGUGGCGCACCGCCGUCAGGUUCCUACGGCCCGGCAUUGCCGCCCUCUGCGCAAGGACCCUCCGGGAGCAGCACGGUAUCCGGCAAGCAAUUGAAGUCCGACUUGGACUGGACGACAACGGAGCCGCCCAUUCAGUUCAACUUUAAUCUGGUGUCAGACUGCACCAUUGCCCAGCACAAGGCCUGCCAGGAGAAGGCGGAGACAACUGCCAAGAAGCCACAGCAUACACUCAAGUCCAAAGAACCUGCCAGCGAUGCACUGAGCAAGGGCAAGCACCAGGAAAAGGCAGCCAAUGAGAAGAAUGGCGAACAAUCCAAGGAGAAGAAUGGGGAAUCGACCAAGGAGCGAAAUAGGAAAAGUUCAAGGGAUAAGCAGAGGGAAAAGUCCAAGGAGAAGCAUGGGGAUAGAUCCAAGGAGAAGUCGAGAGAUAAAUCGAAGGAGAAGUCUAGAGACAAAUCCAAGGAGAAGUUGAGAGAUAAAUCGAAGGAGAAAUCUAGGGAUAAAGUUAAGGAAAAGUCUAGAGAUGUCUCUAUGGAGGGGCGCAGAGAACGAUCCAAGGAAAGGCACAAAGAAAGAACCAAGGAAAGGACCAGAGAAAGAUCCAAGGAUAAGCUCAGAGAAAGAUCAAAGGAAAAGCCCAGAGAUAUGCCCAAGGAACUGACCAGAGGAAUAUCCAACGACAGGCAUAGGGAGAUAUCCAAGGACAGGCAUCGAGCAAAAUCGAAGGAGACAAAGCCGAACGAAAUGCCACUGGCAAAAUCAAAAGAUGACAAGAAUGAUGUGAGGCGACCGAAAGAGAGCUCCAGAGAUGUGCACACAAAUCAUGCAGAGAGAUCGAGAGAUAUCUCAAAGGACAAUCAUAGGGACAGAGAUCCCAAAGAGCCACGCUCGAGGGAUGGCAAGCGCGAACAAUCAGCUGAAAGGCAACGAGAAGCAUUCAAGGACAACAGGCCAAGGCCACGUUCAAGGGAAAAAUCCACUGCAAAGUGUUCCAAAGAGAGCUCAAAGGAUGACAAGUCCAGGGAGCGUGCGGGGGAGAAGCUAAGUGGAUCCGAGAAGGAGAAGCCGAGCGUAUCCUCGAAGGAGAAGCCAAGUGUAUCCUCAAAGGAGAAGGAGAAGCCUCCCAGGGACAAGAAGCAUGAGCGCACGAAAACACGCAGCCGCAGCAGAAAUCAUUCGCCUGAGAGUGAGGAUAGAACGCCACCAUUGACGCCUCCACGCGAUUUCCUGCUGCCUCCAGCCGCUGCUACCAGUGACGUGGAUGCCAGUGACUUGGAUGAGAAGCCAAGAGGCUUGGAUAUAUUCGCUGAAUCCCCGCCAAGACUGCACACUGCCACACAGCUAGCCACCGUUCCACAGCGAAGUACGACCCCGCCUCUGAUUGUAGCACCAGUGACAGCCAGCAACAAGGCAGCUCCGCUGCUGAAGGCCAGCGAGAUACACAGUCGCAUUGGCGCGCUGCUCGAGGAUAAUGAUCUGCACUUGGAGGCGCUGCUGGCCACCAAGGAGCAGCUGCUGCGCCGCACCAACGAGCACAAGGAGCGAAAAGAGGCGCCCAAAAUGGAGAUUAAAGCUGAGAUGCAGCAGCAGCAGGCGCCGCUCAACAGCGACUGGGAGUCCGCAGAUCUUAAUCAGGUGGUGCCGCGUCGCAUUAAUCCCUUCCGGAAGCAGGAAUCAGUAUUAAAAGAGCGAAAAUCAACGUCUCAAGCGGCCAGUUCUCUCGGAAAUGGAGGCAACGCCUGGCCGUACCGUAGUCAGUCGCGGGAAAGGCAACGCAGCGAAGAGUACAAAGAAGUUAGCAUAAAGAUUGAGAGAAACAUCUCCCCCACACCGCUGCCUAUGCCCAUGAUCGAUGUGAGUCGCAUCAAGUUGGAGCGCAAUGUGACGCCGCCUCUGGACACGGAGCGGGAGGUGCUGGUGCGGAAUGGCGCUGUGGCAGCCAAUGCACCGCCACCGACAGCCACAGUCGCGGCGGAGCAGCAGGAGAGUCCCGACACGGACGAUUACAUCGACAACUGGGAGAACGAUGACUCCUUGAGCAGCAUGCCCAAAACGGCAGCAGCUGCCACGGCGCCACCAUCGGCUGCUGUGCGCCCGCUGACCUCCUCCAUCGAUGAGGCAACAAUUAGCGGCGAUUCGAAUGAGGAUGACACGAAUGAUCUGUGGAAUGCCAAGAGCACGCCGCCGCCAAAGGCAAAGCAGAGGCAGUCAGCCAUUCCAUUGGACGGUGGCGCCAAUCAGGAGCAUCUGGUGAACAUUUAUGACAAGUUUAUGAAUAGUAUUAAUAUGUCCAGCGAGGAGGGGCAGACGGCAGCCUCCAAAAAUAGUUCCUUAAGCAAUUCCACUGCCGAGACUGAGACAUCCUCUGGGUCCGAAUCCGAGUCGACCAGCAGCAGCAGCUCCGACGACGACGAAGAAGAGUCGAGCACAACGGAUGACGAUGAAGAAGAAGGGGAGGAGGAAGAAGAUGAUGCUGUGCAGAAGGAGGAGGAGGUAGAACAACUUUCCGCAGAGACAGCACUUAUCGAGGAGGAUCCACCCGAAAAGGAGCAGCAGCAGCAGCUGCAGCUGCAACAAAAGAAGAACAAUGUGAGCAAAGAUCUGCGUAAACUCAAGAGCCUCGAGGACAAUCUGGCGCGGAUACAAAUGAUGCGCGAGAACUACGAUUCGGGUGAUGAGAUCUCUGAGGAGCUGCUCAAGAUGGAGUCGCUGUUCCUCAUGCAGCGAAAUGCCAUCAUGGACAAGUAUCGCAAGCAGGAACUGAAAUCCCAGCAGGAGGUGCAGCAGAAGCAGGAGCCGCGCUCGCCCACGCCCGUGAACAGCAUCUUCGAUGACAAUCGGGAGGCCAUCAAGCUGACACUUUCGCCCCUGAAGCUCACCCGUAAGCCCGCAAUCUUUGACAACGAUGAGACGGAGCAUCCGCAGCAGCAGCAGCAGCAGCAGCAUGCCGUCAAGGUGAAACUGGAGGAGGGACUGCGCCCACAAAUCGGCACAAAUGUGCGGCGACCCAAGGAGAUUGCCAUUGUCAAGCCCACAAUUGUGGAGACGCGCAACAGGCCGAGGAUUCCACGCAGCACGACGGGCAGAGAGCGAACUCGCUCGAGAUCGCACUCCCGGAACCGAGAGCGUUUCUUUCGGCGCAGCAGUGUGCGACCCAACAGAGUGAAGGACUCCUCCCGCUCGCCCAGUCCCCGUCCACGCUGGCGUCCCCCUUCGCCACGACGCGGCAUUCGCUUGGCGAAAAAGCCGACCAUCAAACGGAGUCACAGCAAGAGCGUGAGUCGCAGUCGGACGCGUAGCAGGAGUCCAAAGCGCAGCAGAAAGCGAUUCCAGAAGCUGGGUGCCAGCCGACGACGUGUCUCCGUGUCGCCAGGUCCCGUGAAGCCGCUCAGACCACGCUCUCCCAAAGUGCAUCGGCGGCGCUCGUACAGCCGCGAGCGGGAGCGUUCGCCGCUGCCGUUUAGGCCACCAUCGCCGCCCAUGCGUCGCAGCUGGUCCUCCUCCCAUUCGCAUUCCCGCUCACCCACCAGGCGAAGAUCACACUCCAGGACGCGUUCCAACAGCAUAUCACGCUCCCGCUCGCCCUUCGACGGACGGCGGGAGGAGCGCGAGUUUGCGGACUACUUUGGGGAGGAUCAGAGCCUGGAGGCGGCUGCCUACUACUACAACAUGUCGCUGCUGCAUGGCGAGACAACGGGCGAGGACUACGACACCUAUGCGGCCUACAUAGACUCCGCGUAUCGCAUGGAGCAGGCGUACGCGCAGCUCAGCGAAGCCAUGGACAUUCCCGCAGGUGUCUAUGGGGAGUAUGGUGCUCUCAUGGAGACAUCGCCGGUGCUGCGUGAACUGCCCAAAGCGCAUACACCGGAUGCUGAGCUGCUGGACACGAAGCCGAUCAAGCUGGAGCCUGAGGAGAUCAAAGAUGUAGCUUCUGUUGUGCCUGCGGCGAUGUCUGUGGCUGUGCGUAAGGGAAAUGUGCUGGAAAUUGUGCCCACAAACAACGAAAGCGAGGCAGAAGACAGGAAACCCAAGAAGCGCGUCAGCUUUGUGGACAGCGUCAAGCCGAAUUAUGAGAGCGAUGGCGAGGAUCGAGUGAUUGUCAGCCGCGUCGUGGAGCGUGCCAUGCAGCAGUAUCAGCAGCGACGCGCUGAGGCAGCCGCUAGGCUGCAGCGUCUGCGGGAUGAGCUGCUCGCCGCACCACCGCCACCGCCGCCCGUGACGCCUAUGCCCCCGGACCAAGAGAAGGCGGUGCUCGUGCAAAAGAAGUCAAAGAUGCGCUACUUCCACCUGGAUCCGCUCAAGCGUGAGAUUGUGAUGUCCCACUCACGCGUGAUGCGUGCGCCCGUGCCGCGCUUCGAUCGCAAGCACUUUGAGAUGCUCGUGAAGACGGGCCGCCUGCCGCCACUGCCGCAUGGAUUCCUGCGCCACCGUCCGCCUCUAUUGCCACCGAAUGCAGAUGCCGCCACCAAGGCGGCCAUGCUUAAGGAGUACUUCAGCAAACAUCCGCCGCCAACACCACGAAUGCAGCUGAGAAUGCCCAUGCGUCUGCCCAUGGGAAUUUCCCUGCCUGGGCCCAUGCGAAUGCCCAUGGGAAUGCCGAUGCGUACGCCGCUGAUGAUGCACGAGGGCGGCAUGCCCAUGCCCAUGCACAAUGGAGUGCCCUACUUCCUGAGUGGACCGCCGCCAUCCUCCCCGCCUGUGUCCAUGCCCAUACCCGUGCUGGGUGCGCAUCCCUACCACACUUAUCCGCAGCCUGCGCCGAUGAUGCCUGCGCCAAGUCCCGGCCUGCUGCCAAUUCCUGUGCUGCCAGUGCCUGAUGUCAUUGCCUCUGCCACACCAUCGCCUGUGCCGUUCUUUACGCCACCGCCACUGCCCACGUUUACGGUGCAGCCGGUGCCCACCAUACGGGAGAUUAUGCCAGUGGAUAUACUGCAAAAGAUAGGACCGCUGCCCAAGACACUCGAUCUGGAUGGUGGCUCCACGCCGCGAGCGGACGAAGUGAAGCUCGAGAUCAAAGAGGAGCCACUGGGGGAGGAGCAGCUGCUGGUGGAGAGUCAAUAGCAGACAGACUAAGCUCCCUGAUCGAUCUUCAAUCUUCUUUUAAUUAGCAAAUAAUUUUAGUUCAUUUUUCUCGCCCCAAAAACCUGCUGCUGGUUUUCUUUUUCUCUCGCCCCCCCUUUAUCGUGAUUUGUUUUAUCAAAUUGUUUUUUUACGGACUAAUCAUGUGAACAAAACGCAUUUAUAUAUAGGAAUUCUUAACAGAUUUAUUAUUAAUGGCUAGGAUUUAAGCGCCUGAUUCGACAUUUGACAUUUGUCCAAGGAUUUCUAAAAGAAACACACAAAACAAAAAUAUGUAAAUACAUACACAUAAAUGAUAUAAAACAUUUAAUUGAUGGAAGGACAUUGAGAAUGAAUUAGAGUCUGAGUAAAAUGUGAGUGCCACAGUGCCAGAAGGCAGUUUCCAGGAGGGAAUCUCUCUCGCAUUCAGUCUAAGAAAUUUGUGGCAAUAUUUAACAUAUUUUCGAUACAAGAUAAAAUGUAUCUCAACUGCA